AUGCUCACUUUGAUUGUUCUCUCCUUGCUCCAGAACAUUUUAUAUCAGGAGCCCAGUUUCGUUCAUCCCAGGUGCUUCUGGAGACUGAAGCAGAGUAAAGAGAAGGAUGGAGACUCGGCACAUUACACCUUCUUUCUUAACCCAGCAUAUAAUCCAGGCACGGCAGAGUAUUUGAGAAACUACUUGUAUAAACAAACACCAACGGAAAACUAUCAGUUUGUAUUGGCCUUAACAUUUUCCUUGGAUGAAGUCAACAGGGAUCCUCUUCUUUUACCAAAUAUGUCUUUAGUAUUUGACUUUCUAGCAAGUGGUUGUAAGACUGUGUCACAAUUACGCAAUUGCAUUCAAUCUUCUCUCAAUUUUCAUGAUAAUCUUCCUAAUUAUAUCUGUAUAAUAUGGAACACGUGUGUAGUUGUGCUUUCAGGACCAAACUGGGUAGUAUCUUCAAUAGGUGGGAAAACCUUGUACUUCUACUAUUCUCAGCAGAUCCUUCAGCUCACCUAUGGACCCUUCCAUCCUACCCUGAGUGACCAUGAACAAUUUCCUUUUCUGUAUCAAAUGGCCCCUGAGGACACAUCUCUACCCAUGGCCAUGGUCUCCCUCAUACUUUACUUCAGCUGGAACUGGAUUGGGCUUGCCAUCUCAGACAAUGAUCAGGGUACCCAGUUUCUCUCGUAUUUAAGAACAGAGAUGGAAAAAAAUAUACUCUGCUUUGCCUUUGUGAAUAUGAUUCCCCUCAACCUACAUUUGUACAUGUCAAGAGCUGAAGUGUAUUAUAACCAAAUCUUGUUGCCAUCCUCAAAUGUUGUUAUCAUUUAUGGUGACCCAGACAGUACUCUAGGUGUCAGCUUUAGAACGUGGACAUCUCGAGGUAUACAGAGAAUCUGGGUCACCACCUCACAGUUCGAUGUCACUACAAGUAAGAGUGACUUCUUGUCUGAAUUGUUCCUUGGUACUCUGACAUUGGCACACCACCAUGCUGAGAUUUCUGGUUUUAAAAAUUUUAUCCAAACAGUGAACCCUCUUAAAUACUCAGAUGAAUACCUGGCAAGGCUGGAGUGGAUGAACUUUAACUGUGAAAUCUCGGAUUCUAUGUGUAAGACAUUGAGGAAUGGCUCAUCCAACAGCUCUCUGCAAUGGGUGAUUGCACAGACAUUUGACAUGGCUUUUAGUGAUGACAGCUAUGAUAUAUACAAUGCUGUUUAUACUAUGGCCCAUGCCUUCCAUAAGACUCUUCUUCAGUCAGUGGGCAAUGAGGAAGUACCCCAUAUUGACUGCUUGAAGCUAAACUCCAUACUUAGGAAGACCCACUUCACUAAUCCAGUUGGGGACAGAGUGAAUAUGAACCAGAAAGAAAAACUGCGGCCAGAGUAUGACAUUUUCCAGAUUUGGAAUUUCCCAAGUGGUCUUGGACUUAAGGUGAAGAUAGGAAUGUUUAGCCCAUAUUUUCCACACGGUCAACAGCUCCAUUUAUAUGAAGACAUUCUAGAGUGGGCCACAGGAAGUAGACAG